AUGUACAGUUUCAUCGAGAUCGACUAUAAGAUUAGCAGGGAGCUGCCUGCGCUGGAAUCACGUGUGCAAGGAUUUACACAGGCCGUUUCUCGGUCUGUAGGGUUUGACCCGGGGCUGGAGAGCCAGGGCACUAUUAUCCGGCGGGAGAUCGAGACGACCCUAAUGCGUCUUUUGGAGACGAAGACACAUCUGCAGGGCGUGAGUCCGAGCCUAGAGGAUGACGCUGAUGCUGGCCUUGGCACCGACGAAGGCGCGGAUACAGGUGGCGGCACCGGGGUUCACUCCAGCGAAAAGGCUCGUCACCAGGACAUGAAGGCGGGAGGGUCGUUAGAGAAUGCGAACACCAUGCAGCAGACAAAGAUCCUCAAUGGGUAUAUUGAAGAAUAUGUGGCGCUCAAGCAGACAGGUAUAAAACUAUCCACUCCACGGGUGCGAAGACGAUGA